AUUCCCCAAAAAAGUUACCCCAAAACCCCACAAAAAAUCCUCAAAAACCCCAUGGAAAACCUUCAAAAGACCCGUUCAAACACCACAAACCACUUCCUGCCCCAAGAACUCCAAAAAAUCAACGAAGAACCUUACUCCUCCCUCUCUAAACUCCAAUCCUCUACCCGAUGCACCCAAAAAUCCCUCUGCCGCUACAACCCAGCCAACCUGCCCCCUCUCCCACCCCUUCUCACCUCCAAAACCCUCACUCUCCACACUCCAAAAUAACCUAUCCCCCUCUCUCACACACAAAAUCCUCCAAAACCUCUACCCUCACCUGCCUCCCCACCCUCCUCUGACCCAAUCCCAAAAAACCUCGUUCACAAUAUCACAGCUCAGAACCACAAAAUUCAGAAAGAAGUGGACCACGAACAAAGUUGUAUUAGGAAUAAGAUACUUAUCAAUUGUGGGACUUCGGAGUUUCCGGAGAAGGAUGAUAAGGGUUCUAUUCUGCCGGAAGAGAUCUUUGGGCAGUUCAAAGUUAUACAUGAUUUUGAACCGUCCAAUGUUGGGUUCUUGGAGAAGGUUAGGUUGGAUUUUCUUGGGAAGAGAAAGAAGGUAAUAAGUUUCAUCGGAAAGAAGAUGAAGGGUCUAUUUGAGAAGAGGAGACUUCAUGAAGAGAAAUAUGAAGCAGAAUACGGUCAAUGGAUGAACAAAUGCUACAAGAAAACCAAGGUUGUCAACAAAGCAAGAAGGAUCUCAGGCAAGACCAAGGAUAUCAAUGGCAAGAACAAGGAUUUACAAAUCAAAGGUAUCGAUGAGAUGAGGCAAGAAGCUUGUGUAAUCCCAAUAGCCAAUUACAAUGAGUACGCAGAAGAUUUUAUCUAUAUUGAAAGACAGACUCAUAGAAUCCAAGACCCUUAUAGUUACGAAGACACUCCGAAAAGCAAUGAUUCAUGGUCGAAAAAGGAUAUUGCCCUGUUUAUUGAAUCAUUUAUGAAGUAUCAUAAGAACUUCGGAUCUAUCUCAGAGCUAUUUUACAACAAAAGAACUAGAGAUAUUGUAGAGUUCUAUAUGAACUUCAAGAGCCUCUUAUCGCUAAAUGAGGAAUAUCAAAAAAUUGAAAAUAUCCUGUCAAACAACUCAUCAUGCCCUGCGAAGGUAAUCAGACCUCCCUUAGUCAGGAAAAUUGUCAAAAAGUUUAUGGAACAAAUUGAUAUCUCGAUUGAAAGAAAGCCAGAAUAUGACUUAUAUCGGCAAUGUAAAGUGCCUAUCGACAAGUUCACAACCAAACAACUCAUUGAAAUCUUCGCUGAGCAUAGUAAACCUCGCCAGAACGCUCGGAUUCAAGAUGAAGGAGGGAUAGAUUAUUGGAUAGAACCUCGGACUAGCCCAAUCUUUGAUCCAUCAAUAAACGAAACCAUUCCUUACUUCCGCCAAAUCGAACAAAACGCUACCAGAAUAAAAUCCACAAUCCUCAAAAACUCCAAAAAGAUCAAAAAGUACUUAAAAUCCCUAAAAUCCCUUAACAAACAAACAUUCAAAGAUAUAAAAGAAAAAGAAAAACUCUUCACCAAGAACAAGUACCCACAAAGACUUAUUGCCAAAAAAUCACAAUCCAAGGUACUUAAGAAAGGAGAUAUUAAUGUAGAGGACCUGAAUCCUGAUGUGAGGUAUAUACAUAGUUAUUAUGUGGUGGAGAAGGAUAACCCGAAUUUUGUGGCAGAGGGGUUACAAGAUAAUGAGGAAAUAGAGGAGGAAGAGGAGCAAGAUUUGGUGAAAGAGAGUGAGCAAGAGAAAUCAACUUCCUCGGAUAAGGAAUCGGAACAAGAGGCUCCCCAAGAUGAAGAGAAUUCAGGGAAGAAGUCGUGUAAAGAUAAGAGGAAGAGCAAAAGAAAGCAAGGGCAGAUUUGGUCUCUUGAAGAUAAAGAGAAGAUGAAAAAGGAGCUAAAUAAGCAUGGAAAAGACUUUGAUAAAAUAGCAGAGGCUUUCUCUGACAAAACACCAUUGCAGAUCAAGAAUUUCUUCACAAAUUAUUUCAAGAAACUCAAACUUUGGAUGCACCUCCCAGGAUAUGUUAGAAGAGGAGGUAGAAAGCCAAAAAGUGGAAUCAAAAGAAUAAAAUCAUCCUCAUCUGACAAAGAUCUUAGUUCAAACAUCUCAUCAUCAAAAAGCAUCAUAGAAUCCAAAUCCUCCAAUGAAGAAGCUGACGAUAAAAUCAAGAGACAAAGGACCGAAUAAACUAUAUAAUUUCCAUUUCAAUCACUAAAUCCCAC